CUGCACACAGGUGGCGCUGCAGCCCGUCUACCAAAGCCCGUUACUGUAUCGGUCCCCCUCCCCUCUGCUCCAGGGGGCGCCGGCCCGCCCACUGACCUCUGUCCACCCGUAUGUCUGCAGGUUUCAAGGAUGACGACUACAUGGGGGGGCGGAGUCGAGGCGGCAGCAGUCGUCCCAGCGACAGACGGGGGGGAGGCGGUGGAAUGGGACGGUUCAGAGAAGGACCCCCCCGUGGGGGGACAACAGACUUUAGGGAACCUUCUGAAGAGGAGCGAGCGCAGCGCCCCCGGCUGCAGCUGAAGCCUCGAACCGUCUCUGAGCCGCUCAACCAGGUCGCCAAUCCCAACUCCGCCAUCUUCGGCGGAGCCAAGCCACGAGAAGAGGUGACCUGCAAAGACGAACGCUGAGCGGGACGGCGGCGUUGGGUGGGAGGCGGCGUGAUGCAGGCGCCACGUUUAGCUUCAGAACGAGCAGACUGACCCCGCCCCAGCAGAAUAGUAGUUCAUGGGACGGUGGUCCUCCGGUAACACACCUGCAUGUCCGACCUUUAUCAUAGUCACUCCUCUGUAGCCCCGCCCCUUCUUCCUAAUAGGUCUACGUUUCCUGUUUGACUCCAAGCUUACGGUUUGAGUUCUCAAAAAUCCGCCAGCGAACCUCACAACGGAAACGAGACUCCGCCUCCAUCAGCUCCAUAGAGCCAGGAUAUGACAUCACAGUUCUGAAGGACUUCCUGCUGUGUCAUGCUAGCAUGCUAACGUCCUGCGACUGUUCGCGGGAAAGAAGUUCUAAAACAAUCGUACGUUUUCAGACGCUAAAGUCGUUUGUUAGCAUGUUGGCGUGUUUUCGCUCUUCCUGGUUCAGUCUCAGACCACAGAGUAACAGCUGCAAAGGAUUCUGGGAUUGAAGAAGGGACGUCCGUUCCUUUUCAGAGGAAAUGCUUCCAGGUUAUUUCUUUUUCUAAAAACAGGAAGUCAGACGCUCGCCCUUCCUGCUGCUGGAUCAUGUGGGUGUGGUCUGGUGGUGCAUUCGAGUUCUUGAAGGGGGGUGGGAAAUGUGAAACCAGA